AGCCAUUCACGGCGUAAGUACAGUACUGUGUGGGGCUAUAUAUGAGGUGCCCUACUGUGUCCUCAUCCCUGUCUAACUGCACAGUUAGCCAUGGAUGCAAUGCACUUUCUUAUUUUGCUCUUAUGGAUGUGUGCACUGCAGCAAAGCAUCCAGAGCGUGCCAACCUACGAUGCUUUUGUCCUGGAGUCCUGCAAUUUCAACGAUGAUAACGAGCCAUUCUGCAGAUUCCUUCAGGACCCGACGGAUGAAGGCGACUGGACCCGGCACAAAGGUCCAACCCCAACGCCCGGCACGGGCCCGCCAGGAGAUUACCCAGAUGGAAGUGGAUUCUACAUCUACCAGGAAUGCGACAAUGUGGCAAGUGGGCGUAACACUCGUCUGCUGAGCCCCACGUUCUUCUUAACGGCGACGGAGCAGAUAUGCGUUCAAUUCCGAUAUUACAUGUAUGGCUUGGACGAUUCCAACGUGUUGAGGCUACUGGCGAAGAGGCCAAAUAGCGAGGACGAGCUGUGGGUGAAAACUGGUUUCCAGAGUCCAUCGUGGCUGAAGGGUGCCGUCACCGUGUCCAAUUCCACAAAUCAAGCGCUCACUAUUGUCUUUGAGGCUCAGCGGGGCUUAACCGCUUCCUGCGAUUCGGCACUCGACAACAUCAUCAUUAGUGAAGGAGCAUGUCCCACUUGCAUUUCUGGCUGUGACUUUGACACUUUGGAUGACCUCUGCGGGUGGACUUUAUUUACACCUGACAACAGCAUAUUUGGCUUUGAGCAAUGGACUGGCCCAACUGAAACUGAAGGGACAGGACCUGAUGAUGACUUCUCCACGCCGGGAUUUGGAUCGUACAUGCUGAUGGAUUCUUCCUCUGCUGUGCCUGGACUUGAUGGGCAAAUCCUAAGUCCUGUGAUACACCCUUCCUCUGGGUGCCUGCAGCUUACGUUCCAUUAUUAUUUAUAUGGCACCAGCCAGACCAUGCAGCUCAGUGUCCAUCCAAUGAAAGGAGGAAUCCUUGGGCCCGCUCUCUUCACUGUCAGGGGAAACCAGGGUCCUGGCUGGAGACCUGUUAAAGUCCAACACCUCGACACUGAUAAUUUCCAGUUUGUUAUUGUGGGGACCUUUGGAGAGACUCCUCAGACCGAUAUCGCUGUUGAUGCCGUGUGUGUCAUGGCCUGUCAAGGUGAACUAACAACGCCCAUGCCAUCAGUGUCGACUCCAACACCAACCAAUGGAACAACAACACCGAAACCCACGACUCCAAGACCAACUACGGCAAACCCAAUUCAAUGCCCUCCAAAUGCGGAAUACAUAGAAUGUGGCCCAGCUUGUAUCCCCACCUGCAUGGAACCCUCCACCAACUGCAGCGGCUCCUGUAUCAGCGGUUGCUUUUGCAAACCCGGAUUUGUCUUCAAGGGGAGACACUGUGUGCCACUGGAGAAAUGCGGAUGCCUGGAUCACAACAACAACUAUUACGAGCCUGGAGAGAUCGUAUUUGGAGACGGCUGCUCCAAGCUGUGUCGCUGUGCAGGGAACUACACUUUGGAAUGUGUGGAUAACACCUGUGAUCCCACGGAGGAGUGUCGCGAGAUUAACGGUGUCCCCGGAUGCUACCCGAAAGGUACAUCCUCGUGCAUCGCGUCCGGGGAUCCACACUACACGACUUUUGACAAGCGCAAGUACAACUUCAUGGGCAACUGCAGUUACCAGAUGACCGGAGUCUGCAACGCAUCUGCAUUACCAAACUUUACUGUCUACGCUGACAACGAAAAUCGCCACAACAGACCCAGCAUCUCCUAUGUGAAGGCGGUUCAUGUGUAUGUCGAAUCCGGCGGUGUCUCCAUCUUCAAAGGCGGCGCUGUCCAUGUGAAUGGAAUCAAAGUAAACUUGCCAGUGAAUCCGUUUCCAGGCGUCUCUGUGUUCAAAUCAGGAAAGCACUACACCGUCUCCUUGGAUUUUGGUGUGACUGUGCGCUACGAUGGAAACCACUUCAUGGACAUCAAAGUGAUUAAAGACUAUAAAACUCUUCUCUGUGGACUGUGUGGAGAUUACGAUGGAGAUGCCAAAGAUGACUUCCGCAAGCCAGGUGGAUCGUUGACCACCAGUCCCAAUGACUUUGGAAACAGCUGGAACAUUGACCCAGAGUGUAACAAGAAACCCAACACCACUCAUCCCGAAUGUGAGGCAGAGGAGCAGAAGCUCUAUGAGAGCUCCGGAUAUUGUGGCAUCUUGCUCGACAAAAAUGGUCCUUUUGCAAUAUGUCACGCAAAGGUCAACCCCAAUGAGUACUUCAAGGACUGUGUCUUUGACCUUUGCGUGCUUGAUGGAGCUCAUUCCAUUCUGUGUGAAGCCAUUGAAGCCUACGUCAAUGAGUGCCAGGAUCGUGGGGUCAACAUUGGACCCUGGAGGAACGACACCUUCUGUCCUUUUGGUUGCCCUCCCAACAGCCAUUACGAGCCCUGUGCGGACCCCUGUCAGGACACGUGUGCAGGCCGACCCCCCUCCUGCAGCGGACCGUGCACUGAGUCUUGUGUGUGUAAUCCCGGCUACAUCCUGAGUGCCGGCAAAUGUGUCACCAACUCUUCGUGUGGCUGCCAUUACAUCAAUGGCCAAUAUUACCAGCCCGGAGAGGAGUUCUAUCUUGGGAACUGCAGUGCAAAGUGUCGGUGUGAUGCACCUUUUGUUACCUGUCGGGCAUCUGAAUGCCCCCCAAUGCACCUGUGUCAAGUCCAGGGGGGAGAGCUGGGCUGCUAUCCCACAGAUACAACAACACCCAGACCAACAACUCCAAGACCGACGACACCAAAGCCAAUUCAGUGCCCUCCAAAUGCGGAAUACAUAGAAUGUGGCCCAGCUUGUAUCCCCACCUGCAUGGAACCCUCCACUAACUGCAACGGCUCCUGUAUCAGCGGUUGCUUUUGCAAACCCGGAUUUGUCUUCAAGGGGAGACACUGUGUGCCACUGGAGAAAUGCGGGUGCCUGGAUCACAACAACAACUAUUACGAGCCUGGAGAGAUCGUAUUUGGAGACGGCUGCUCCAAGCUGUGUCGCUGUGCAGGGAACUAUACUUUGGAAUGUGUGGAUAACACCUGUGAUCCCACGGAGGAGUGUCGCGAGAUUAACGGUGUCUCCGGAUGCUACCCGAAAGGUACAUCCUCGUGCAUCGCGUCCGGGGAUCCACACUACACGACCUUUGACAAGCGCAAGUACAACUUCAUGGGCAACUGCAGUUACCAGAUGACCGGAGUCUGCAACGCAUCUGCAUUACCAAACUUUACUGUCUACGCUGACAACGAAAAUCGCCACAACAGACCCAGCAUCUCCUAUGUGAAGGCGGUUCAUGUGUAUGUCGAAUCCGGCGGUGUCUCCAUCUUCAAAGGCGGCGCUGUCCAUGUGAAUGGAAUCAAAGUAAACUUGCCAGUGAAUCCGUUUCCAGGCGUCUCUGUGUUCAAAUCAGGAAAGCACUACACCGUCUCCUUGGAUUUUGGUGUGACUGUGCGCUACGAUGGAAACCACUUCAUGGACAUCAAAGUGAUUAAAGACUAUAAAACUCUUCUCUGUGGACUGUGUGGAGAUUACGAUGGAGAUGCCAAAGAUGACUUCCGCAAGCCAGGUGGAUCGUUGACCACCAGUCCCAAUGACUUUGGAAACAGCUGGAACAUUGACCCAGAGUGUAACAAGAAACCCAACACCACUCAUCCCGAAUGUGAGGCAGAGGAGCAGAAGCUCUAUGAGAGCUCCGGAUAUUGUGGCAUCUUGCUCGACAAAAAUGGUCCUUUUGCAAAGUGUCAUGCAAAGGUCAACCCCAAUGAGUACUUCAAGGACUGUGUCUUUGACCUUUGCGUGCUUGAUGGAGCUCAUUCCAUUCUGUGUGAAGCCAUUGAAGCCUACGUCAAUGAGUGCCAGGAUCGUGGGGUCAACAUUGGACCCUGGAGGAACGACACCUUCUGUCCUUUUGGUUGCCCUCCCAACAGCCAUUACGAGCCCUGUGCGGACCCCUGUCAGGACACGUGUGCAGGCCGACCCCCCUCCUGCAGCGGACCGUGCACCGAAUCUUGUGUGUGUAAUCCCGGCUACAUCCUGAGUGCUGGCAAAUGUGUCACCAACUCUUCGUGUGGCUGCAAAUACACCAAUGGCCAAUAUUACCAGCCCGGAGAGGAGUUCUAUCUUGGGAACUGCAGUGAAAAGUGUCGGUGUGAUGCACCUUUUGUUACCUGUCGGCCAUCCCAAUGCCCCCCAAUGCACCAGUGUCAAGUCCAGGGGGGAGAGCUGGGCUGCUAUCCCACAGGACCAACUACUCCUGUACCAACAACUCCAGGAGUGCCUAUGCCGAAUAUGACAACCCCAGGAUGGACUACACCAAAACCAACAACUCCAGACUGGAUUAAUGCAACUACACCUGAGUCAACAACUCCAGGAGUGCCUACGCCAAACAUGACAACUCCAGGAUGGACGACGCCGAAACCAACAACUCCAGACUGGAUUAAUGCAACUACACCUGAGUCAACAACUCCAGGAGUGCCUACACCAAACAUGACAACUCCAGGAUGGACGACGCCGAAACCAACAACUCCAGACUGGAUUAAUGCAACUACACCUGAGUCAACAACUCCAGGAGUGCCUACGCCGAACAUGACAACUCCAGGAUGGACUACACCAAAACCAACAACUCCAGACUGGAUUGAUGCAACUACACCUGAGUCAACAACUCCAGGAGUGACUAUGCCAAACAUGACAACUCCAGGAUGGACGACGCCGAAACCAACAACUCCAGACUGGAUUAAUGCAACUACACCUGAACCAACAACACCAGGAAUGACGACACCAAUUCAGUGCCCACCAAAUUCGGAGUACAUCGAAUGUGGCCCAGCUUGUAUCCCCACCUGCAUGGAACCCUCCACCAAUUGCAGCGGCUCCUGUAUCAGCGGCUGCUUUUGCAAACCAGGGUUUGUCUUCAAGGGUAAAUACUGUGUGCCACUAGGAAAAUGCGGGUGCCUGGAUCACAACAACAACUAUUAUGAGCCUGGACAAAUCCUGUAUGGGGACGGCUGCUCCAAGCUGUGUCGCUGUGCAGGGAACUACACGUUUGAAUGUGUGGAUAGCUCUUGUGAUACCACUGAAGAGUGUCGUGAAGUUAACGGCAUCCCUGGAUGCUACCCAAAAGGCGCAUCCACGUGCAUUGCCACGAGUGAUCCACACUACACAACCUUCGACAAGCGCACAUACAGUUUUAUGGGCAACUGCAGCUACUUGAUGUCCGGCGUUUGCAGCGCAACGCCUUCACCAAACUUUGAGGUCUAUGCCGACAACGAGAACCGCUAUAACAAUCCCUCCAUCUCCUAUGUCAAAGCCGUACAUGUGGAUGUACACAAGGUCAAGGUCUCGAUCCUCAAAGGUGGCUCCGUGCUUGUAAAUGGGUCCAAAGUGAACCUGCCCGUGACUCCGGCUUCAGGUGUUUCCGUGUUCAAAUCUGGAAGGUACUACACGGUGUCUAUGGAUUUCGGUGUGGUUGUGCGCUAUGAUGGAAACCACUUUAUGGACAUCAAAGUGAUUAGAGACUACAAGAAUGUACUAUGUGGACUGUGUGGGGAUUAUAACGGAGAUUACAAAGACGACUUGCGCCAGCCUAAUGGCUCGUUGACCAGCGAUAUCAAUGAAUUUGGACAUAGCUGGAACACUGAUCCGCAGUGUAAGAAACCUAACCCCACCGAUCCGGGAUGUACUGAAGAAGAGGAGAGUCUCUAUGAGAGCUCUGCGUAUUGUGGAUUGCUGCUGGACAAGAAUGGUCCUUUUGCUGUGUGCCAUCCCAAAGUCAAUCCCAAUAAUUACUUCAAGGAUUGUGUCUUUGACCUUUGCGCACUGGAUGGCGCCAAGCCUGUUCUGUGCGAGGCCAUUGAAGCCUAUGCCAGUGAGUGCCAGGAUCGCGGCGUCGACAUUGGUCCCUGGAGGAACGAAACCUUCUGUCCGUUGAGCUGCCCCACCAACAGCCAUUACGAGCCCUGCGCGGACCCCUGUCAGGAGACAUGUUCAGGCCGACCCCCGUCCUGCAGCGGACCGUGCAGCGAGUCCUGUGUGUGUAAUCCCGGCUACAUCCUGAGUGCUGGCAAAUGUGUCUCCAACACUUCGUGUGGCUGCAAACACACCAACGGCCAGUAUUAUCAGCCUGGAGAGGAGUUCUAUGCUGAGAACUGUAAUCAGAAGUGUAGGUGUGACGCACCCACGGUCACAUGUAAGCCAUCUCGGUGCCCCCCAAUGCAUGAGUGUAAAGUCCUGGAGGGAGAGCUGGGCUGCUAUCCAACGGGGUCCGAGGACUGCAUCAUCUCUGGCGAUCCACACUAUAACACUUUUGACAAAAGGUUCUACAGUUUCAUGGGCACCUGUACCUACACACUGGCCAGAACCUGUAGGAACAACACAGGGCCUUGGUUCUCAAUAGAGGGAAAGAAUGAGGAAAGAGGGCUACCAGGAGUGUCCUAUCUGCGAAAACUCUACAUCACCGUAGACGGAAUCACCGUGACCUUGAUGAAAGCCAAGAGGACCCUGGUGAACGGCCUACGUGUGGCGCUACCUCACACCCCGUCUCCCAUGGUGACGGUCAGUCGUGCCGGCCAGUACGUCACAGUGCAGACAUCCUUCGGCCUUCAAGUGCGCUGGGACGGGAACCACUUUGCCCAGAUCUCAGUACCAAGCUCCUACCACGACCAGAUGUGCGGUCUGUGCGGCGACUUGGACGGGAACCCGCACAAUGACUUUGCCAAGCCAGAUGGCGUUCAGGGUGUCAAUGUCAACGACUUCUGCAACAGCUGGCAGACGGAAGAAGACGAGGAUGAAUCGUGUUCCCCAGGCACCAAGCCCGAUCCAGAAUGUGAUCCCAAGCUUGAGGCAGAGGUGGUCAAACCAGAGAAAUGUGGAAAACUCAACGAUACCGCUGGACCCUUCCGGGAGUGCAUCGGAGUGGUGAAUCCCACCUCCUUCUUCCAGAGCUGUGUGUACGACAUGUGCCAGUUCAACGGGCAGCAGCAGGUACUGUGUGACCAGCUGCAAGCCUACACGGAGGCCUGUCACAGUGCCGGAGUCAAAGUCCACCAGUGGAGGGGUCCCCACUUCUGUCCCCUGGACUGCCCCGCCAAUAGCUCGUACUCUCUGUGCGUGAGCUCGUGUCCGGAGACGUGCACGGGCACGGUGGGAGCGCCCGGCUGCGGCGACGUGUGCGUGGAGGGCUGCGCCUGCAACCCGGGCUUCAUCCUCAGCGAUGACAAGUGCGUCUCGCUCAAAGAUUGCGGCUGCCUCGACACCGCCGGGACGUACCAUCCGGUGGGCGACGGCUGGUACUUGGAGGGCUGCAAGCAGAAAUGCACGUGCCAAGACGGAGGCGUGAUCCGCUGUUCCAACAGCAGCUGCAAAGCCGUCACUGAGACAUGCCAGCUGCAUGAUGGAGAGUACCAGUGUCGUCCUUUGGUUCAGUGCCCUCCAAAUGCGGAAUACAUAGAAUGUGGCCCAGCUUGUAUCCCCACCUGCAUGGAACCCUCCACUAACUGCAACGGCUCCUGUAUCAGCGGUUGCUUUUGCAAACCCGGAUUUGUCUUCAAGGGGAGACACUGUGUGCCACUGGAGAAAUGCGGGUGCCUGGAUCACAACAACAACUAUUACGAGCCUGGAGAGAUCGUAUUUGGAGACGGCUGCUCCAAGCUGUGUCGCUGUGCAGGGAACUAUACUUUGGAAUGUGUGGAUAACACCUGUGAUCCCACGGAGGAGUGUCGCGAGAUUAACGGUGUCUCCGGAUGCUACCCGAAAGGUACAUCCUCGUGCAUCGCGUCCGGGGAUCCACACUACACGACCUUUGACAAGCGCAAGUACAACUUCAUGGGCAACUGCAGUUACCAGAUGACCGGAGUCUGCAACGCAUCUGCAUUACCAAACUUUACUGUCUACGCUGACAACGAAAAUCGCCACAACAGACCCAGCAUCUCCUAUGUGAAGGCGGUUCAUGUGUAUGUCGAAUCCGUCGGUGUCUCCAUCUUCAAAGGCGGCGCUGUCCAUGUGAAUGGAAUCAAAGUAAACUUGCCAGUGAAUCCGUUUCCAGGCGUCUCUGUGUUCAAAUCAGGAAAGCACUACACCGUCUCCUUGGAUUUUGGUGUGACUGUGCGCUACGAUGGAAACCACUUCAUGGACAUCAAAGUGAUUAAAGACUAUAAAACUCUUCUCUGUGGACUGUGUGGAGAUUACGAUGGAGAUGCCAAAGAUGACUUCCGCAAGCCAGGUGGAUCGUUGACCACCAGUCCCAAUGACUUUGGAAACAGCUGGAACAUUGACCCAGAGUGUAACAAGAAACCCAACACCACUCAUCCCGAAUGUGAGGCAGAGGAGCAGAAGCUCUAUGAGAGCUCCGGAUAUUGUGGCAUCUUGCUCGACAAAAAUGGUCCUUUUGCAAAGUGUCAUGCAAAGGUCAACCCCAAUGAGUACUUCAAGGACUGUGUCUUUGACCUUUGCGUGCUUGAUGGAGCUCAUUCCAUUCUGUGUGAAGCCAUUGAAGCCUACGUCAAUGAGUGCCAGGAUCGUGGGGUCAACAUUGGACCCUGGAGGAACGACACCUUCUGUCCUUUUGGUUGCCCUCCCAACAGCCAUUACGAGCCCUGUGCGGACCCCUGUCAGGACACGUGUGCAGGCCGACCCCCCUCCUGCAGCGGACCGUGCACCGAAUCUUGUGUGUGUAAUCCCGGCUACAUCCUGAGUGCUGGCAAAUGUGUCACCAACUCUUCGUGUGGCUGCAAAUACACCAAUGGCCAAUAUUACCAGCCCGGAGAGGAGUUCUAUCUUGGGAACUGCAGUGAAAAGUGUCGGUGUGAUGCACCUUUUGUUACCUGUCGGCCAUCCCAAUGCCCCCCAAUGCACCAGUGUCAAGUCCAGGGGGGAGAGCUGGGCUGCUAUCCCACAGAUACAACAACACCCAGACCAACAACUCCAAGACCGACGACACCAAAGCCAAUUCAGUGCCCUCCAAAUGCGGAAUACAUAGAAUGUGGCCCAGCUUGUAUCCCCACCUGCAUGGAACCCUCCACUAACUGCAACGGCUCCUGUAUCAGCGGUUGCUUUUGCAAACCCGGAUUUGUCUUCAAGGGGAGACACUGUGUGCCACUGGAGAAAUGCGGGUGCCUGGAUCACAACAACAACUAUUACGAGCCUGGAGAGAUCGUAUUUGGAGACGGCUGCUCCAAGCUGUGUCGCUGUGCAGGGAACUAUACUUUGGAAUGUGUGGAUAACACCUGUGAUCCCACGGAGGAGUGUCGCGAGAUUAACGGUGUCUCCGGAUGCUACCCGAAAGGUACAUCCUCGUGCAUCGCGUCCGGGGAUCCACACUACACGACCUUUGACAAGCGCAAGUACAACUUCAUGGGCAACUGCAGUUACCAGAUGACCGGAGUCUGCAACGCAUCUGCAUUACCAAACUUUACUGUCUACGCUGACAACGAAAAUCGCCACAACAGACCCAGCAUCUCCUAUGUGAAGGCGGUUCAUGUGUAUGUCGAAUCCGGCGGUGUCUCCAUCUUCAAAGGCGGCGCUGUCCAUGUGAAUGGAAUCAAAGUAAACUUGCCAGUGAAUCCGUUUCCAGGCGUCUCUGUGUUCAAAUCAGGAAAGCACUACACCGUCUCCUUGGAUUUUGGUGUGACUGUGCGCUACGACGGAAACCACUUCAUGGACAUCAAAGUGAUUAAAGACUAUAAAACUCUUCUCUGUGGACUGUGUGGAGAUUACGAUGGAGAUGCCAAAGAUGACUUCCGCAAGCCAGGUGGAUCGUUGACCACCAGUCCCAAUGACUUUGGAAACAGCUGGAACAUUGACCCAGAGUGUAACAAGAAACCCAACACCACUCAUCCCGAAUGUGAGGCAGAGGAGCAGAAGCUCUAUGAGAGCUCCGGAUAUUGUGGCAUCUUGCUCGACAAAAAUGGUCCUUUUGCAAAGUGUCAUGCAAAGGUCAACCCCAAUGAGUACUUCAAGGACUGUGUCUUUGACCUUUGCGUGCUUGAUGGAGCUCAUUCCAUUCUGUGUGAAGCCAUCGAAGCCUACGUCAAUGAGUGCCAGGAUCGUGGGGUCAACAUUGGACCCUGGAGGAACGAAACCUUCUGUCCUUUUGGUUGCCAUCCCAACAGCCAUUACGAGCCCUGUGCGGACCCCUGUCAGGACACGUGUGCAGGCCGACCCCCCUCCUGCAGCGGACCGUGCACCGAAUCCUGUGUGUGUAAUCCCGGCUACAUCCUGAGUGCUGGCAAAUGUGUCACCAACUCUUCGUGUGGCUGCAAAUACACCAAUGGCCAAUAUUACCAGCCCGGAGAGGAGUUCUAUCUUGGGAACUGCAGUGAAAAGUGUCGGUGUGAUGCACCUUUUGUUACCUGUCGGCCAUCCCAAUGCCCCCCAAUGCACCAGUGUCAAGUCCAGGGGGGAGAGCUGGGCUGCUAUCCCACAGCAGGACCAACUACGCCUGUACCAACAACUCCAGGAGUGCCUAUGCCGAAUAUGACAACCCCAGGAUGGACUACACCAAAACCAACAACUCCAGACUGGAUUAAUGCAACUACACCUGAGUCAACAACUCCAGGAGUGCCUACGCCAAACAUGACAACUCCAGGAUGGACGACGCCGAAACCAACAACUCCAGACUGGAUUAAUGCAACUACACCUGAGUCAACAACUCCAGGAGUGCCUACACCAAACAUGACAACUCCAGGAUGGACGACGCCGAAACCAACAACUCCAGACUGGAUUAAUGCAACUACACCUGAGUCAACAACUCCAGGAGUGCCUACGCCGAACAUGACAACUCCAGGAUGGACUACACCAAAACCAGCAACUACACCUGAGUCAACAACUCCAGGAGUGCCUACGCCAAACAUGACAACUCCAGGAUGGACGACGCCGAAACCAACAACUCCAGACUGGAUUAAUGCAACUACACCUGAACCAACAACACCAGGAAUGACGACACCAAUUCAGUGCCCACCAAAUUCGGAGUACAUCGAAUGUGGCCCAGCUUGUAUCCCCACCUGCAUGGAACCCUCCACCAAUUGCAGCGGCUCCUGUAUCAGCGGCUGCUUUUGCAAACCAGGGUUUGUCUUCAAGGGUAAAUACUGUGUGCCACUAGGAAAAUGCGGGUGCCUGGAUCACAACAACAACUAUUAUGAGCCUGGACAAAUCCUGUAUGGGGACGGCUGCUCCAAGCUGUGUCGCUGUGCAGGGAACUACACGUUUGAAUGUGUGGAUAGCUCUUGUGAUACCACUGAAGAGUGUCGUGAAGUUAACGGCAUCCCUGGAUGCUACCCAAAAGGCGCAUCCACGUGCAUUGCCACGAGUGAUCCACACUACACAACCUUCGACAAGCGCACAUACAGUUUUAUGGGCAACUGCAGCUACUUGAUGUCCGGCGUUUGCAGCGCAACGCCUUCACCAAACUUUGAGGUCUAUGCCGACAACGAGAACCGCUAUAACAAUCCCUCCAUCUCCUAUGUCAAAGCCGUACAUGUGGAUGUACACAAGGUCAAGGUCUCGAUCCUCAAAGGUGGCUCCGUGCUUGUAAAUGGGUCCAAAGUGAACCUGCCCGUGACUCCGGCUUCAGGUGUUUCCGUGUUCAAAUCUGGAAGGUACUACACGGUGUCUAUGGAUUUCGGUGUGGUUGUGCGCUAUGAUGGAAACCACUUUAUGGACAUCAAAGUGAUUAGAGACUACAAGAAUGUACUGUGUGGACUGUGUGGGGAUUAUAACGGAGAUUACAAAGACGACUUGCGCCAGCCGAAUGGCUCGUUGACCAGCGAUAUCAAUGAAUUUGGACAUAGCUGGAACACUGAUCCGCAGUGUAAGAAACCUAACCCCACCGAUCCGGGAUGUACUGAAGAAGAGGAGAGUCUCUAUGAGAGCUCUGCGUAUUGUGGAUUGCUGCUGGACAAGAAUGGUCCUUUUGCUGUGUGCCAUCCCAAAGUCAAUCCCAAUAAUUACUUCCAGGAUUGUGUCUUUGACCUUUGCGCACUGGAUGGCGCCAAGCCUGUUCUGUGCGAGGCCAUUGAAGCCUAUGCCAGUGAGUGCCAGGAUCGCGGCGUCGACAUUGGUCCCUGGAGGAACGAAACCUUCUGUCCGUUGAGCUGCCCCACCAACAGCCAUUACGAGCCCUGCGCGGACCCCUGUCAGGAGACAUGUUCAGGCCGACCCCCGUCCUGCAGCGGACCGUGCAGCGAGUCCUGUGUGUGUAAUCCCGGCUACAUCCUGAGUGCUGGCAAAUGUGUCUCCAACACUUCGUGUGGCUGCAAACACACCAACGGCCAGUAUUAUCAGCCUGGAGAGGAGUUCUAUGCUGAGAACUGUAAUCAGAAGUGUAGGUGUGACGCACCCACGGUCACAUGUAAGCCAUCUCGGUGCCCCCCAAUGCAUGAGUGUAAAGUCCUGGAGGGAGAGCUGGGCUGCUAUCCAACGGGGUCCGAGGACUGCAUCAUCUCUGGCGAUCCACACUAUAACACUUUUGACAAAAGGUUCUACAGUUUCAUGGGCACCUGUACCUACACACUGGCCAGAACCUGUAGGAACAACACAGGGCCUUGGUUCUCAAUAGAGGGAAAGAAUGAGGAAAGAGGGCUACCAGGAGUGUCCUAUCUGCGAAAACUCUACAUCACCGUAGACGGAAUCACCGUGACCUUGAUGAAAGCCAAGAGGACCCUGGUGAACGGCCUACGUGUGGCGCUACCUCACACCCCGUCUCCCAUGGUGACGGUCAGUCGUGCCGGCCAGUACGUCACAGUGCAGACAUCCUUCGGCCUUCAAGUGCGCUGGGACGGGAACCACUUUGCCCAGAUCUCAGUACCAAGCUCCUACCACGACCAGAUGUGCGGUCUGUGCGGCGACUUGGACGGGAACCCGCACAAUGACUUUGCCAAGCCAGAUGGCGUUCAGGGUGUCAAUGUCAACGACUUCUGCAACAGCUGGCAGACGGAAGAAGACGAGGAUGAAUCGUGUUCCCCAGGCACCAAGCCCGAUCCAGAAUGUGAUCCCAAGCUUGAGGCAGAGGUGGUCAAACCAGAGAAAUGUGGAAAACUCAACGAUACCGCUGGACCCUUCCGGGAGUGCAUCGGAGUGGUGAAUCCCACCUCCUUCUUCCAGAGCUGUGUGUACGACAUGUGCCAGUUCAACGGGCAGCAGCAGGUACUGUGUGACCAGCUGCAAGCCUACACGGAGGCCUGUCACAGUGCCGGAGUCAAAGUCCACCAGUGGAGGGGUCCCCACUUCUGUCCCCUGGACUGCCCCGCCAAUAGCUCGUACUCUCUGUGCGUGAGCUCGUGUCCGGAGACGUGCACGGGCACGGUGGGAGCGCCCGGCUGCGGCGACGUGUGCGUGGAGGGCUGCGCCUGCAACCCGGGCUUCAUCCUCAGCGAUGACAAGUGCGUCUCGCUCAAAGAUUGCGGCUGCCUCGACACCGCCGGGACGUACCAUCCGGUGGGCGACGGCUGGCACUUGGAGGGCUGCAAGCAGAAAUGCACGUGCCAAGACGGAGGCGUGAUCCGCUGUUCCAACAGCAGCUGCAAAGCCUUCACUGAGACAUGCCAGCUGCAUGAAGGAGAGUACCAGUGUCGUCCUUUGGGAAAUGGUAUAUGCUCGGUAUCCGGUGACCCACACUACACCACCUUUGACAAGCGCACCCACCAUUAUAUGGGAGCAUGCUCGUACACCCUGACCAAGCCCUGCAAUUCUUCGUCCUCCGGCUUGCCGUACUUCAGCGUGGACACCCAGAAUGAGCGCAGGGGGAGCAACAAGAAGGUCUCCUAUGUACGAGCUGUUGUGGUCCAAGUCAAUGGUGUGACCGUCGUCCUCGGCAAGGGCCGAACUGUCCAGGUAAAUGGGACGGCGGUGGUCCCGCCAGUUGCAUGGAUCGGCGGUGUAAACAUAUAUUUGAGUGGCAAGUUUAUUGUCCUGGAGACGUCUUUCCACCUGAGGGUGAGAUUUGACGGUAACCACCAUGCUGAUGUCACCGUGCCCUCUUCCUACAACGGGCAGCUUUGCGGACUAUGUGGAAAUUUCAAUGGAAAUCCCAACGACGACAACCUGAAACCAGACAAGACGCCCGCUUCAACCACCAAUGAACUGGGAGACAGCUGGCAGGUUCCUGACCCAAGGCCUGAUUGUUCAAAUGAUGGCGGCCAUGUGGACUGCGAUCCAAAAGUGGAGGAGGAAGCCCAGAAGCCGACAAGCUGCGGCAUGAUUGCCGAUCCUAACGGUAUCUUCAACCCGUGUCACUCGGUUAUCGACCCUGCACCAUAUUUGGAAAACUGCAUGUAUGACAUGUGCGCUACGGGCGGCCAGACCGUCGCCCUAUGCCAGGCGGUGGAGAGUUAUGCUGACAUGUGCGCCGUGGCAGGAGUCCCCAUCGCGUGGAGGAACAACACCUUCUGCCCUCUCAAAUGUCCCGCUGGAAGUCAUUACAACCCGUGCGGGUCCGCCUGCGCCCAGCCCAGCUGUCAGGAUCCGGCGGGCCCAGGGGGCUCUUGCGACCAGCCGUGCGUGGAGGGAUGCGUGUGUAACCCUGGCCUCAUUUUGAGCGGAGACAAAUGCGUGCCGCUCAGCCAAUGCGGGUGCACUGAUGAGAACGGAAACUACAGGCCAGUCGGCGGAACUUGGUUCUCACAAGCCGAUUGCUCCGAGCGCUGCAAGUGUAACGCCAACCACAACGUCACCUGUGAGCCGUGGCGCUGCAGCCCCGCGCAGGAGUGCAAAGUGCUGGAGGGAGUGCUGGACUGCCACUCGACGGGCAAAGGAGUGUGCCACGUAGCCGGAGACCCUCACUACUACACUUUUGAUGGCAUGAUGCACACCUUCAUGGGCACUUGCACUUACACUCUCGUUGAGGUGUGUAACGCUAGUAUGGUGACCCCGUUCCGGAUCGUGGCGAAAAACGAGGAGCGCGGCCAACCGGAGGCCUCCUACGUCCGCUCCGUCAAGGUUUAUCUGCCUCACGACACCCAGAUUGAGCUGCAGAAGGGUCGAAGAGUUCUGCUCAACGGUCGGCGGGUACGAACGCCGAUUUCCGUGAACACGGAGGGAACGAAGGUGAUCAGCAGUGGCGCAUACAAUCUCCUGGACACCAACUUUGGUCUGCAAGUCAAAUUCGACGGCGUCCAUCAUCUGGAGAUCACCGUACCCGGACAAUAUUUCAAUAAGCUGUGUGGCAUGUGCGGCAACUACAACCACAACAUGUCUGACGACAACCUGAAGCCCGACAAGCAACCCGCCAAGGACGUCAUCCAACUGGGCAACAGCUGGAAGUCGGAGGGCGACAGCGAUCACGGCUGUCAGCCAGACAAGCGGCCUGACGUGCACCCCAACUGCACGGCGGAGGAAGAGGCUGCGUUCGAGUCCCAGUGUGCUGGAGUGCUUCUGUCGGACAAUUUCCGAGCUUGCCAUGCUCUGGUGCCCCCUGAAGCCUUCACGGGGAACUGCGUGUACGACAUGUGCGAAUACGACGGCAUGCAGGCCACGCUAUGCGACAACGUGGAGGCGUAUGCUCAGGCCUGCAGCAGCUCCGGGGUCACCAUCAGCUGGAGGAACCGAACCUUCUGCCCCUUGCCGUGCGCCCCGAACAGCCAUUAUUCGGACUGCACAGCCCCCUGCCCCCCCACCUGUUCGGACCUCUUCCCCAUCUGGUGCCACAUGCCACCCACGAGCUGUGUGGAGGGUUGCCAGUGCGACGCUGGCUUUGUCCUCAGCGACGGCAAGUGUGUGCCUCUGGACAAAUGUGGCUGCCUGGAUUCCGACGGCGAGUACCAUGAUGUGGGAGACUCAUGGCUGACGGCGAAAUGCAUUUCCAAGUGUCGUUGUAACCUCGGCGGCCUAGUUACGUGCACAGAGCACAGCUGUAAAACCAACUCGGUGUGCGCCCUGGACAAAUACGGAGACGUCUACUGCAAGCCUGCCAAGUUCGACAAGUGCAGCGUGUCGGGAGAUCCUCACUAUCGAACAUUCGACGGUUUCACGCACCACUUCCAGGGCCCGUACACCUACGUCCUGACGGCAGACUACCAGUCACCACCAAGCUCGCUGCCCGCCCUCACGGUCAGGGGCAAGAACAUCCGACGAGGCGGCAACAAGAGAGUCUCCUUCCCGGAUCAGCUCUUCAUUGACGUCUAUGGUGUCAACGUACGCUUCAUGCAAGGGAAGAAAGUCCUGGUGAACGGGGAGAGCGUUUCGCCCCCUCUGAGUCCAGUUGAAGGUUUACUCAUCACCAUGAACUCCAGGGAGGUUCAACUCACCACCGACUUCGGACUCACGGUGCGCUUCGACGGCAGAAGUCGUGGAGAGAUCAUCCUGCCGAGCACGUACAAGAACACCGUCAGGGGGCUGUGCGGAAACUACGACGGGAUCCGCACCAACGACUACAUGAAGCCGGACGGGACGGUUAUCAGGGACCUGAACGCCUUCGGAGAAAGCUGGAGGGUCAGUGACCGACAAGUGCGCGCUACCGACGACACCUCGCUAGUGCCCAGCCACAUCCACGUUCACAGGCGAGAAGUGGACACGGAUCCAGAUUCAGGAUUCGAGACGUCCGACUGCUCCGAGGACCAACUGGCCGAAUACAAGGAUCCCGCCGUGUGCGGCGCGCUAACGGAUGCCACUGGGCUUUUCGCCUCCUGCCAUGCCGUCCUGCCGCCCGCCACCUACCUCGACGACUGCGUGUUCGACCUGUGCGCUGAGCGGGGCAGCGAAGAGCUGCUUUGUGCCAGCUACGAGGCCUACGCCGCCGCCUGCCAAGGGGCCGGAGUCAAGCUGGGGCCCUGGAGACAACAGCUGGGCUGUGUGCUGUCGUGUGGAGGCAACAGCACGUAUACAUCGUGCAUGUCUCCGUGCCCGGCCUCCUGUGCCGACCUAGCAGCACCGUCCGAGUGCGACGCCACGUCCUGCGUGGAAGGAUGCCAGUGCACUCCCGGUUUCGUCAUGAGCGAGGGCGGCUGCGUACCGUACCCGCAGUGUGGCUGCAGCUUCCUCGACAGAUACUACCCGCUGAAGGAGACCUUUGUGACCGAAGACUGCGCCCAGGCCUGCGAAUGCACUGCUACCGGUGCCGUGUGUCAAGCCAAGAGCUGCCAGGAGGGCUACAUCUGUGCCAUUUACGACUACAGACGCGACUGUCACAGGGCGAGUCCAUGCCUCAGCAGCCCCUGUCAGAAUGGAGGAACGUGUAACGACAUCAACAACACGUCUUACUCGUGCAUCUGCGCCCCAGGCUACCAAGGCUUCAACUGCGAGGACGAGAUCACAGGCGACGAAGGACUUGAAACUCGCUGGAUCAUCCUGAUUGCCGUGCUGGUGUCAGUCGCCGUCGUCGUUGUCAUCGUGAUCACCGUUGUGUGUGUUUGCAAAAGCGUUAACAAGUCAGACGUUUAUGUAAUUCAGAAGCUGCCAUCGUCUCACAGCUGGAAAAACAUGAGGAAAGACAACGAGCUCCGAAUGUCAUCAAGAAGUGUCCCCUAUGAGAACAUGGAUGAAAAGAAAACCAACGAGAUGACAAAUAUGUGAUAUUAUUUUUAAUAAUCAUCUUUUUCUGUUCUGACGUGAUUUACAAUUCAUUCCUCAGUACAAAUGAAAUAUAAAGGAGUCAUUUUUGG